CCUCCUCCCUUCCCCCGAGGCCUCAGAGACGUCGCUUCAUGGGCGGCUGGGCCGCGGGCCUGCGGGGCGAGGAGGCCCGGCGGCCGUUAGGCCGGACCGCCCGUUGAACCAGCCUCCCCGCCCCCACCCCGGGCGCUGCCGGGGGAGCGUCGCGGCCGCUUUCAGGGCCUUGCGGGCUUUUAAAAAUCAUUAUUACUUCGUUUCUUUUCUCCCCCCUUAUCUCGUAGCACAAUAAACGGGAAGCGCGGCCCCGACGCCAGUGUGGCCGCUUGCGGAGGCCGCGGCCGGGCGGGGCGCACUACCUUGUCGUGCGCCGUGGCCUGUUCCCGUCGUGCCGUGUGGCUUAUAAAAAAAUGCGUCACUGCACGGUGGUGAGGCUCGGGCCUGGGCUUGUCGGGCCGUUCGGCUGGGGGUCACCGCGCCAGCCUGAGGCGAUCUGGGGUAUUCCCCCCCCCUCAGCGCCUCAUGUGAGCGAAAUUAACGCAAGAGGGGGGCGGCUUGUCCUCCAUGUUUGGUGAAAAGAUCAAGAGGCAACAGUCAAGAUCAGACGGGGAAAGAGUACAAAAACAUAGUUUCGCGUAAAAGUCUGUGAUAACUGCAAUUGAGAAUUGCAUCGUUUGCCUUCUGAUAGUCUUUUGAAACAGAGCUGCUUUGUAGUGUACGCCAUCCUCUGUUAAAUCUGCAAGAAGACAGCGGAAGGACUGCAACAAACUGAACCUGUGCAACCAUAUCAUUCGAGAAAGGGCGAAGACAGUUUGAAUCAUGGCAAGCCCGGCGUUUUCCCCAGAGGCUGCUUUCCCUCAUGGGAGGCGGAGGGAGAAAUGGGACCCCAGGCUUCUUUCAAGGGCAAGGACUUGAUGGCGAAAAAAAGAGAAUGUCUCCAGGCCUACAGCUGGUGGAGAACACCGCAGAAGAAACGGAAGAAAAAGAACAAAGUAAAACCAGCAAGAAUAGAGUUUGUCCCUAGUAGUACUAACUUGUCAAUCAGACCGGAUUAUUCAAUAUUUGUUGGAGAGCUUACUCCUGAAGUGGAUGACUUCCAGCUCUUUGACUAUUUCCUAAAGAGGUACCCCUCAUGUCUUGACUGCAAAAUAGCAACAGACCUGCUGGGAUAUUCCAGAGGGUAUGCCUAUGUCAGAUUUGGUGAGCAAGGUGAUCAGAUGAGGGCACUGCAAGACUGCCAGAAUGCACCAGGUCUUGGCGGAAAACGAAUCCGGCUGAGCAUAGGCAUUUCUAAAAGACUGAAAGCAGAAUUCCAGCGGUAUCCAUCGUACAACUAUAAUGAUUAUUACCAAGAUUAUCAGAACUACUAUUCCUCACAGUGGAAUUAUGAUCCUUAUGCUGAUUACAACUACAGCUCCUAUACUCCCUAUGAUAGCAUGCAAGCUGUUGGAGAGUGUUCUUUAGGAGAUGCUGUUAUGGCCCCAGCUGUUUUUGAGGAAACUUCAGCUAUGACUGAAAUCAAUGAUGACCUGAUAACUGAAGAUCCGCAGCUUUACUUGGAUAUUGAUGAAAUGAACAGACAAUUUAUCGAGACAAGUGAAGAACUCUAUGAUUCCCUCAUGAAUUGUCACUGGCAACCUCUGGAUACGGUCACUUCUGACAUCCCCCCUGCUAUUUAAGUGUCUUAUAUAGCAUGACCGUUAUGACCAAGGUGCUAAAAUUACAUUUCUUCUACAUUACUCUAGAUCAUAAGUUUUAAAGCACAAUGAUAGGCUGAGUUUUUCUGCUAUGCUUUUGACAGUUUCUGUAAUUUUUUUGUCCAUCAAUUGGAGCAUCUUGAAAUCAUGUAAAUAUUCUAGAAAUGUAAAGAGUUGAAUGGGGUCUGAAGAUAGACUUGACUGUGUAAAUAAAAUUUUGUUUCUGCAAACCUGCCAGCAAGGGAUUUUACUUACGUAUGUUAAGCACAUUCUCUUCUGGCUUGUGGAAUUUAGCUGGAGGCAGUAGGCAUAUUUCACCUGGUUUUGGUAUGGGCAUUGGGACACUGUUGAAAACUGACUCUCAUGUAUUUCCAAGUUACCUAGGCAAACUUUUACAAGCUCUUAACACACUUGCUUAGAUCAUGUGUGUAUUUGGGAGACACUUAAUAGGGUUUGUAAUGAGUACACUUGAGCCCAUUCUUUCUCCUGCAGUCUGCUGCUGCUAACUGCAUGUUGAUGCUAGGUCAGUUAGAAUUCCUUUAUCAAUAUGCUAUUUUAAACAUACAGAAGGACAAACAUUCAGCUGCUGUAGCUGCAAACAUUCCAAAGACUAAGGAUGAUCCCUACUAAAAAUUUUAUUCCUGUACUACUUAUUAUUAGUCUUCUGAACUGACACUUUACAGCAAAGAAACUGGUGUAACAUAACACAUGUUCUUAAACCUAAAAAUUCUUGGGGGAAAAUAAGUUUCUCAUUUAAAGGAAGAAAAAAUAACCCAUUGGGAAUGAACUACCAUAAUAACAGCUCCUCAAUUAAGUUGCACCCUGUGCUAGACAUCUCUGUAAUUUGUUCAGUCUUCAUGCUCAGGUGUUUUAUAGUGAUGAAGUCGUAAUUUUAGUAGGAUGACAGUUUUUGGUAUUUGAGGACAUUAGGGGAGAUAGCAAUGAGGAAAGUUCUGCAACUUCUGAGUGGCUUCCUCUAAACUGUUCUCAUCUUGAAGUAUAAAGUAUUUUCCACCCACAGGGGCUACUUAAGCCCAUAUGUAUGAAAAAGUUACUUACUGCUUAAUGUACAGAAUAACAUAAGUUAGGCUGGAAACAAAGUUAGCAGAAAUUAUAGCUAAUAGCUGUGGAAGCUACUAAAACUAGUUUUGGGGGUAAUCUAAACCAUAAUUGCUAUGAUGGCAGAUAGGAAUAAAGUUCUCUGACUUUCACAUGACAAUGUAAUUUAAGUGGUAGUCACAACCUAUAUGCUGUUCUUGAAUUAAAAAUAAAUACUGAAUUGCUGAGUGA